AAUUUAGUAGAAUCUUCUGGUUAUCAGGAGUGAGGAUCAAUUAUCAAAAACCUAAAUAUUUAUGAGGCAUUUCUGGAUUUUUAGCCAUUAAUUCAACAGAAGAGGAGGAAGGAGACGAAGGUGAAGCAGAGAGACCUGAAAGAGACAUGCACUUGUCCAACUUAUAAAACGUUGAUAACUGAAUUCUAAAGAGAAGGGCAUUUCAAAUGCCAGAUGCUAUGGACGCUGAUACCGAGAUGACAGAGAGAGAUGCUUCGACGGCGGUGCCUCAGCAAGACGCUAAUGAUAUAGUGAAAGAGCUGAUCACAUUGGCUCGUCGGCUCAUGAACCAGGGGAAACCUUCUCAGGCUCUCCAAGCGGUUGUCAUGGCAAUGCGGACCAGAGGUGGGGAUGAGGCUGUCUUUCAGUCCCUGCACCGUGCUCGUGAACUGUAUAGAAACAGGCUGCAACAGAACACUGCUGUGGAUCAACUUUCUACUUUGUUUGCUGAGUGUGCAAUUGCUGAAGUCCAGCCUUGUAAAGUGGAACAAUCAUCUCUUCAUGUAGGUGGAUCGUCAGAUGCUCAUGGAAACUCUAUACUUGCGGAAACUGGCAGGAUGCAAAUUGUGUUGGACGCAUUUUCAGAUGGCAGCAGCUUCAUCUGUCUACAAUGUGGAGGUCUUGUUAGUAACCAUCGCAAAGAUGAGCACUAUGCCUACUGGUGUUGCCAACUGUGAUGUUCAGGAAUGUAGAAUGAGCCUAUCCAUGCAGUGCUUGACAUGCUUGAUUAGCUUACAGUUGCCCUACUUCGACAUAGUAAUGCCCUAGAUUCAAGGGUAUUUCAUCAUCCAGUAUACCAGAUGUGGUCAUCUCCAAUCAAAAACUUCAACUGCUUGAAAAGAUGUUGGUAAAAAAUUGGAGGGUGGAAAAAAAAAUGCUUCCUUGUUGCAAUAGUUAAUAGAAUGCUCGCAUUGUUGUAGUGGUUUCAUAGAAGAAUCUAAGUAAUAAGAUACUUAACAUGGAUCAGAUUACUGUAGUUGUGUGUAACCUUGUAUUCAUCUUUAAAUCCAUGUUUUUCUUUUUCCAUUAA